GAGCGAGUGCUGUGGGUGCGGCCGCCGUGGGUGCGGCCGGUCGGGGGAGAGGAUGGGAGUGUGGCCUCUGGGUCUGAAGGCGCGCAUCCCCGCUCCACUCCGCGUUCGUCCUCUGACUCUGGGGCCUCGGUUUCCUCAAGCGUGUAAGGGGAACAGUUGUGACGAUGAAGAGAUAAUGUGCUCAAAGCACCGGGCGCAGGGCCGCUCGGAGUCAGGGCUCCACAAAUGGUACCCAGAAAGGACAACCCACCCUUACCUGCAGAAACAAGAUGGAAAGACAGAGCAGAGACAGUGAUCAUUGGAGGUGGCUGUGUUGGUGUGAGUCUGGCUUAUCACCUAGCCAAAGCAGGGAUGAAGGAUGUGGUCCUCCUGGAGAAAUCGGAGCUCACUGCUGGAUCUACCUGGCAUGCAGCAGGUUUAACAACUUACUUUCAUCCUGGAAUAAACUUGAAGAAAAUACACUAUGAUAGCAUCAAACUUUAUGAGAAACUGGAAGAAGAAACCGGACAGGUGGUGGGAUUCCAUCAGCCAGGUAGUAUCAGAAUUGCUACAACUCCUGUAAGGGUAGAUGAAUUUAAAUAUCAAAUGACUCGGACUGGCUGGCAUGCAACAGAACAGUAUAUUAUUGAACCUGAGAAAAUUCAAGAGAUGUUCCCUUUACUCAACAUGAACAAGAUUUUAGCUGGAUUGUAUAAUCCUGGCGAUGGUCAUAUUGAUCCUUACUCUCUAACUAUGGCCCUGGCUGCUGGUGCUAGGAAAUAUGGUGCCCUUUUAAAAUAUCCUGCACCAGUGACUUCUCUGAAACCCAGGUCAGAUGGAACAUGGGAUGUUGAAACACCACAGGGAUCUGUGAGAGCAAAAAGAAUUGUGAAUGCUGCAGGAUUUUGGGCUCGUGAAGUUGGUAAAAUGGUUACUAGAACAUUUCAGCAUCAAUAUGUUGUUACUUCGACUAUCCCUGAAGUCAAAGCUUUGAAAAAAGAACUCCCUGUGCUCCGGGACCUGGAAGGCUCUUACUACCUCCGGCAGGAAAGGGAUGGGCUCUUGUUUGGUCCAUAUGAAAGUCAGGAGAAAAUGAAAGUCCAGGACUCAUGGGUCACCAGUGGAGUCCCUUCAGUAGGGAGUAAGGAAAGAGAGAAGAGGCAGCUGGUGGUGGAGAAGCUGAAGAAACAUGCUCCCCACUGCUUUGGAAGAUUACCCUCAGACAAAGGUGUUUUACUUUUGUUUCAUCACAAUCUAAACCUCUCCUCAUCAUGUUCCCUUCCACUUCAUACAUUAUUUCCUUAUGAAAAUUUUAUCAACUGGGCAUCCUCUGUUGUUACAACAGCCACUAUAUAUGGCAUAAUCCACGCCGGCGGGGUAGGGAAAUAUCUCAGUGACUGGAUCCUGCAUGGAGAGCCUCCUUUUGACCUAAUAGAAUUGGAUCCCAAUCGAUAUGGCAAAUGGACAACCACUCAGUACACGGAGGCCAAAGCAAGAGAGUCGUAUGGAUUCAACAAUAUUGUUGGGUACCCUAAAGAAGAACGGUUUGCUGGGAGGCCGACUCAGCGAGUGAGUGGGCUUUAUAAAACCCUGGAGUCUAAAUGUUCCAUGGGAUUCCAUGCGGGCUGGGAACAGCCACACUGGUUCUACAAACUGGGCCAGGACACUGGGUACAGGCCAAGUUUUCGCCGCACAAACUGGUUUGAGCCGGUGGGCUCUGAGUAUAAACAAGUUAUGCAAAGAGUAGGGGUGAUUGACCUGUCACCAUUUGGCAAGUUUAACAUCAAAGGCCAAGAUUCUACUAGAUUGUUGGACCAUCUCUUUGCAAAUGUCAUUCCAAAGGUGGGUUUUACAAACAUAAGUCACAUGUUAACACCAAAAGGUCGAGUGUAUGCUGAGCUGACUGUUUCUCACCAGUCUCCUGGGGAGUUUUUAUUAAUAACUGGUUCUGGAUCAGAACUUCAUGAUCUUAGAUGGAUUGAAGAAGAGGCAGUCAAAGGUGGAUAUAAUGUUGAAAUUAAAAACGUAACUGAUGAGCUUGGAGUCCUUGGAGUUGCAGGGCCACAUGCAAGAAAGGUCCUUCAGAAACUGACCUCUGAAGAUCUUAGUGAUGAUGUCUUCAAGUUUCUUCAAACCAAGUCUUUAAAAGUUUCCAACAUUCCUGUCACUGCUAUUAGGAUAUCUUAUACUGGUGAGCUGGGCUGGGAGCUGUAUCACAGACGAGAAGAUUCUGUGGCACUGUAUAACGCCAUCAUGAAUGCAGGCCAGGAGGAGGGAAUUGACAAUUUUGGCACAUAUGCCAUGAAUGCCCUAAGACUGGAGAAAGCUUUCAGAGCCUGGGGGUCCGAGAUGAACUGCGAUACAAAUCCCUUGGAAGCUGGAUUGGAAUAUUUUGUAAAGCUAAAUAAGCCAGCAGACUUCAUAGGAAAGCAAGCACUGAAACAGAUUAAAGCCGCGGGGCUGAAACGGAGACUGGUCUGCCUCACCUUGGCCACGGACGAUGUGGAUCCAGAGGGAAAUGAAAGCAUCUGGCACAAGGGCAGGGUGGUUGGCAACACGACCUCUGGAAGCUACAGUUAUAGCAUCCAGAAGAGCCUGGCUUUUGCAUACGUCCCCGUAGAGCUGAGUAAGGUGGGACAACAAGUGGAAGUUGAACUACUAGGCAAACAUUACCCAGCAAUCAUCAUUCAAGAACCCUUGGUAUUGACGGAACCAACCAGAAACCGACUUCAGAAAAAAGGUGGAAAGGACAAAAUUUGAAAAAGACCUUCAACAGUCAGCUGAAUUAUGGUUGCUACAUGAUUGUACUCAAAAUUAUAAUUGAUUUGUGGGAACAGGAAACCAAGGAUUCAUUUCAAAAUCAUUAAAAUCCAGAUUUAGAAUCUUAAAAUCUCCUGUUUCCUCAGCAAGAUAGAAUAAUUGAUUAAUACUUGCCAUUGUUGUUUCAAAUGAAGAUAUUGGAAAUGACCAUUUUUAUUAUCCUAUAUUGUUUCUUAUAAAAUUCAAUCAGUAAAAUAUCUUGGCAUUUGCUAAUUAAUAUACAAUCAUUGUUACAACAGAAUUAAAAGAAUUA